AGAGAGAGAUAAUAAAAUACGGAGUAGUGUAGAGUAUUUUCAAUUAAAGAAGUGUUGUAAAUAAAAAUAAAAUGACCGGUUUCAAUUAAAGGGUUACAAUUUAAAAAAGAAAACGCAAAAAAAAUGUUGCGAUUGAAAAUCAGGUGAAUAUAAUGCAUCUUUUAUAUCGGAAUAAUUUAGGGAGGAUUGGUGUACCCCACAAAGCCACACGGCGACACACCUGAAAUUGACACCAGCUGUUAGAACCUAGGAAGUUGGAGUGAGCUCCAAUACCGAUUCACCGCAGCUGUAGGAAGAGAGAGAAAGUGAAAUAGAGAUCGAAGGAGCGCACGAUACCAAUUUACCAGAAAUACUAAGGAACAAGAGAACAAAAAGCAAAAAUUGGAAAAAAAAAUAGAAAUAUCACCAAAACAAAAUUAAGACGGUUUCUUAUUCUGUCUAUAUUUCUCUCUUCCCUCUCUUCAUUUCUCAUUUUUAUUCCUCUGCUAAUGCAAUUUCUUAGGGUUUUCCUGUAAAUUCUUCUCUUUUCUUUGUACCAAUCUCAAUCAGCGUUUCCAGAACAUUCGAUUUCGCGGCUGAUAUUUGAUCAGAUUAUGAACUUGUUUAUCGUUGUUCGUUGAUUGCACUAUCCAAGGAUUUGAGCGAUUAAUCAGGAGUCACCAUGUUUGAAGCGCAUGUCCUGCAGUUGCUUAAAAGAUAUUUAGGUGAAUAUGUUCAUGGACUUUCCUUGGAGGCUUUAAGAGUUAGUGUAUGGAAAGGUGAUGUUGUUCUUAAAGAUUUAAAGUUAAAGGCAGAAGCAUUGAACUCGCUUAAGCUUCCUGUUACAGUAAAAGCUGGUUUUAUCGGCACUAUAACACUAAAGGUACCUUGGAAAAGUCUUGGCAAAGAACCCGUGAUCGUUCUCAUAGAUCGUGUUUUUGUUCUUGCUGAUCCUGCACCUGAUGGAAGAACACUCAAGGAAGAGGAUAGAGAGAGACUCUUUCAAGAUAAACUUCAUCAGAUUGAGGAAACUGAAGCAGCAACACUUGAAGCAAUGUCUAGAUCAAAGCUUGGAAGUAAUGCUUCAGGAAAUUCUUGGCUUGGCUCUCUUAUAGCCACCAUCAUCGGAAAUCUUAAAAUCACAAUUAGCAAUGUUCAUAUCAGAUAUGAGGAUACUGUAAGUAAUUAUGGACAUCCUUUUGCCUGCGGUGUUACCUUGGCAAAACUUGCUGCUGUUACAAUGGAUGAGCAAGGAAAUGAGACCUUUGAUACAAGUGGUGCUCUUGAUAAAUUGCGCAAGUCCUUGCAGCUUGAAAGACUUGCUAUUUAUCAUGAUUCUGACAAACCUCCUUGGCAAAUUGAUGAAAAUUGGCAAAAUCUUAGUCCAAGCAAGUGGAUCGAGAUUUUUGAAGAGGGUAUUAACGAACCUGCACCUCAACCUGAUUUUGGCUCAUCAUGGGCUUUAAACCGUACGUAUUUAGUUGCGCCUAUCAAUGGAGUGCUUAGAUAUCACCGGCUUGGAAGCCAAGAAAGAAACAAUCCAGAGAUUCCGUUUGAGAAAGCUUCACUUUUCUUGAAUGAUGUUUCCUUGACUGUCACAGAGGCUCAAUAUUAUGAUUGGUUAAAACUCGUGGAGGUCAUUUCAAGGUACAGGAUACAUGUUGAAGUUUUGCAUUUGAGGCCCGGUGUUCCAGUUUCAGAUGAACCCCGUUUGUGGUGGCAUUAUGCCGUGCAAGCAACUUUGCAGCAGAGAAGAGUGUGCUAUUCCUUUUCGUGGGAACGUAUUCAGCAUCUUUGCCAGCUGCGCCGACGUUAUAUUCAUGUAUAUGCUAAUUUUUUGCAACAACUGCCUGAUGUUGAUAAUGAAGAGCUGCGACAGAUUGAAAGGGAUCUUGACUCGAAAGUGAUCCUUUUGUGGAGGUUACUCGCUCAUGCUAAGGUUGAAUCUGCAAAGUCGAAAGAAGCAGCUGUGCAAAAGAAGCUUGGAAAGAGAAGCUGGUUUUCUCUCAACUGGCAGGCUUCACCUGAAGAUGAUGCUGUUUCAGAUGGUUCAGAUGUGUCUGAGUUAACACAGGAAAAGUUGACAAAAGAAGAGUGGCAGGCAAUUAAUAAUCUUUUAAGUUAUCAGCCUGAUGGAGAACUUGCUUUGUAUUCGGGGAAGGAUGGACAGAAUAUGGUACAGUUUCUUGUUGAUGUAUCUAUUGGUCAGGCUGCUGCAAAAAUCAUUGAUAUACAUGGCACAGAAGUUCUUUGUGGUAGAUUUGAGCUACUUAAAGUGUCAACCAAACUCAAACAUAGGAGCACUUGUUGUGAUUUAUCAUUGAGAUUCUAUGGUUUGUAUGCUCCAGAAGGCUCCCUUGCGCAGAGUGUUUGUAGUGAGCAAAAGGAGAAUGCAUUGGUUGCCAGUUUUGUGCGGUCACCAGUGGGGGAAAAUGUAGACUGGAGGCUUUCGGCCAUCAUGUGUCCUUGCCAUGUCACGAUUUUAAUGGAAAGUUAUGAACGCGUGAUGGAGUUUCUGAAGAGGAGCAACGCAGUUAGUCCUACUGUCGCUAUAGAGACUGCCACAGCAUUACAGAUGAAGUUUGAAAAGGUUACACGUAAAGCUCAGGAGCAAUUUCAAUUGGUUUUGGAGGAACAGAGCAGGUUUGCUCUUGAUGUUGAUUUUGAUGCUCCAAAAGUUAGAGUGCCCAUCCGAACGCGGGGCUCAUCCAAAAUAGACAGUCUCUUUCUUCUUGAUUUUGGUCAUUUUACCCUAAGGACCAAGGAAGGUCAACAUGAUGAAGACCAGUCAUUAUACUCCCGCUUCUAUAUUUCAGGGAGAGAUAUCGCUGCUUUCUUUACAGAAUGUGGAUCUGAAAGCAAUAAUUGCUCAUUAUUUGCACCCCAUAAGGAUAAUUAUCCCUCUGGAACUCCUGUGGAAGAUGUGGACAAUAAUUCUUCUUUGCUUGAUAGAUGUGGGAUGGCAGUGAUCGUUGACCAGAUAAAGGUACCGCAUCCAAAUUUCCCAUCGACGCGCAUUUCGGUCCAAGUCCCAAAUUUGGGGAUUCACAUCUCACCAGCCAGGUACUCCAGACUUAUGGAAUUGUUAAACAUAUUUUAUACUACGUUGCAAAGCAGUGGACAGCCUGUGGAUGAGAUCUCCCAACCUGAACUUGCUCCUUGGAAAGCACCAGAUAUGGCAGCGGAAGUGAGAAUCCUGGUUUGGAAGGGAAUCGGAAAUUCUGUUGCAGCUUGGCAACCUUCUUAUGUUGCUUUAUCAGGGUUUUAUCUAUAUGUCCUCGAGUCUGAAAGGGCUCCCUUCUACCAACGCUGCACUAGCAUGGCUGGGAAGCAAGUGUUUGAGGUUCCUCCAGCUAAUGUUGGUGGAUCACUCUUUUCUAUUGCUGUCUGUUUUAGAGGCAUGGAUAUCCAAAAAGCUCUGGAAUCCUCUGGUACAUUGAUUAUAGAGUUUCCGAAUGAGGAUGAAAAAUAUGUAUGGCUGAAAGGGCUUGUAAAGGCUACAUAUCAAGCAUCUGCUCCAUUAUCAGAUGGUCUCUAUGGAGAUACCAGUCACAGUGUAGGUGGUAUGGUUGAUGCUCAGAUUGCUAAUUCUAAGGCUGUUGAUCUUGUUAUUAAUGGAACCUUGGUGGAGACCAAAUUAUUUAUAUAUGGCCAGGUUUGUGGGGAAGAGGGCCAAGAGAGCCAUGAGGAGACCCUCAUUGUUGAGCUUACUGCUGGCGGAGGAAAGGUGCAUGUUAUCCGGUCUGAAGGGAACUUAACAGUCAAGAUGAAGCUUCAUUCUUUGAGAAUUAAGGAUGAGUUGCGAAGUCGUUUAGCAACGAAUCCUCAGUAUCUUGCUUAUUCAAUUGUGAUAAGUGAUCAAAUACUACCCUCAUCUACUAAUAUUCAAGCAAAUCAGUCUUUCUCAGAAGAAGAAGAAAUAUUUAGAGAUGCUUUACCAGAGUUUACUCCUGCACCAGAUAUUGCUCAUAACGUUGAAAGUUUUGUUGCUGAUCCUGAGGUUUUGCUUUCUAAAAAGGAUUUGGGGAAAGGGAAAGGAUCCUCAUCAGAAAUAUUCUAUGAGGCUCUUGGUAGUGACAACUCUGAUUUUGUCUCAGUUACAUUUAUGACCAAGGAUCCUAGCUCUCCAGAAUAUGAAGGCAUUGACACACAGAUGAACAUAUGCAUGUCCAAGCUGGAAUUCUUUUGUAACAGGCCCACAAUUGUUGCUUUAAUUCAAUUUGGUUUGGAUACGAGCUCUGCGAAUUUUGAGGGAAGUAGUAAAGGUGCAACCAUGGCUUCUGAGGACGUAAAAACUACUAAUAAAUCGGAAAAGCAUGAUGAUGGUGAUGAUUUUGUCAAGGGUUUGUUGGGAUAUGGUAAAGGACGAGUUGUGUUUAAGCUGAGCAUGGAUGUGGAUAGUGUUACUGUGUUUCUGAACCAGGAGGAUGGUUCUCAGUUUGCUAUGUUCAUUCAAGAAAGUUUUAUUUUGGAUCUCAGGGUUCAUCCAUGUUCUAUAUCCAUUGAGGGCACACUGGGAAAUUUGAGGCUGCGUGAUAUGUCUCUAGGUGUUGAGCACUGUUGGAAUUGGCUUUGUGACAUUCGCAAUCCAGGUGCUGAAUCACUUAUUAAGUUUGCAUUCAAAUCUUACAGUGCUGAAGAUGAUGAUUAUGAAGGAUAUGAUUAUAGCCUUACUGGUCGUCUAUCUGCUGUUCGCAUAGUUUUUCUCUACAGGUUUAUCCGAGAGAUAACAGUGUACUUCAUGGAACUUGCGACCCCCCAUAAAGAGGAAGUCAUUAAGUUCGCUGAUAAAGUUGGUGGUUUUGAGUGGAUGAUUCGAAAACAUGAGAUUGAUGGAGCCACAGCUGUGAAGCUGGAUCUGUCGUUGGACACUCCUAUUAUAAUUAUCCCAAAGCAUUCUAUGAGCAAAGAUUUUAUGCAGCUUGACUUGGGUCAGCUAAAAAUUAGAAAUGAAUUUAGCUGGCAUGGAUGUCCUGACAGGGAUCCUUCUGCUGUCCACCUUGAUGUUCUUCGUGCUGAGGUCCUAGGAAUCAACCUUUCUGUGGGAAUUGAUGGUAGCCUUGGAAGACCAAUGAUGCGUGAAGGUCAUGGACUUGUUAUUUGUGUCCGUCGCAGUCUAAGGGAUGUUUUCCGUAAGGUUCCCACACACUCUAUAGAAGUUCAGGUUGAUUCAUUGCAUGGUGUCAUGUCAGACAAAGAGUAUAAUGUUAUAUUGAACUGUGCUUACACUAAUAUGAACGAGGAACCAAAACUUCCUCCAAGUUUUCGUGCAAGCAAAUCUGAUCCUCAGGAUACAAUGAAACUGCUGGUUGAUAGAGUCAAUGCGAACAGUCAAAAUUUUCUAUCCCGUACAGUAUCCAUUGUGGCUGUAGAAAUUAAAUAUGCUUUACUAGAACUAUGCACUGGGAUCCAUGAAGAAUCAACUUUAGCUCAUAUCAGCUUAGAAGGUCUUUGGGUGUCUUACAGAAUGACUUCCUUGUCUGAAGCGGACCUUUAUGUCACUAUCCCCAAAUUCUCUAUCGUGGAUGUUCGUCCUGAUGCAAAGCCUGAAAUGCGACUGAUGCUUGGAUCGUCAUCAGAUGUCGGAAAACAGGUUUCUGCUUCGGGAAGUGCUUCGUCUAUCAUUGAUAGAAAUUAUAUGAGAACUCAGUCUAGAGAUUCUUCUGCCCUUGAAAUGCCAACGUCAACAAUGUUUUUGUUAGACUAUCGAUGGAGAGCAUCAUCCCAAUCUUCAGUGGUGCGGGUACAACAACCAAGAAUAUUGGUUGUACCGGAUUUCCUUAUUGCUGUUGCAGAAUUUUUUGUUCCAUCUGUAGGAAGUAUAACUGGAAGGGAGGAAUCGAUGGAUCCAAAUAAUGAUCCGAUCCGCAAAAGCCACAGCAUUGUACUUCAAUCUGCUGUCUACAGGCAGCAAGAAGAGGUUAUUCAACUGUCUUCAAGUCGACAAUUGAUUGCAGAUGCUCCAGGGAUUGAGGACUAUGUCUAUGAUGGUUGUGGGAGGACGAUAUGUUUGAAGGAGGACACUGAUAUGAAGGAAAGUCAGUUUCCAAGAUUUCAGCCUAUAAUUGUUAUUGGUUGUGGAAAGCGAUUGCGGUUUGUGAAUGUGAAAAUCGAGAAUGGGUCACUCUUGAGGAAUUAUACGUAUUUGAGCAAUGACAGCAGCUAUUCAGCAUCUCCAGAGGAUGGUGUUGAUAUUAAGUUUCUUGAAAGUAAUAUAUCUGAUGAGAGUAAUGAUCUACAGAAUGAUAGUGGAUUAUCUUACAUAUCAUACUCUUCAAGCGGACGAGAUGAUGGAUCGAAGUCUAUCCAAAGCUUUACCUUUGAGGCUCAGGUUGUCUCUCCAGAACUGACUUUUUAUGAUGGAACUAAGUCAUCUCUAGAUGAUUCCCCAUAUAGCGAGAAGCUAGUUCGAGCCAAGUUUGAUCUAAGCUUUAUGUAUGCGUCACAGGAAGAUGGUACAUGGAUCCGUGCACUUCUGAAGGACUUAACCAUUGAGGCUGGAUCAGGACUUGUUGUUCUUAGUCCUGUGGAUGUUUUAGGAGGUUACACCUCUGUGAAAGAAAAAACCAAUAUAUCUCUCUCCUCCACGGAUUUGCACCUACAUCUUUCUCUUAGUAUCAUAUCACUCUUACUUAACCUCCAAACUCAGGUGUCUAGUGCACUGCAGUUUGGAGAUGCUAAUCCUCUGGCAUCCUGCACUAACUUUGAACGUAUAUGGGUGUCACCCAAAGAAAAUGGACCUCAGUGCAACCUAACAUUUUGGAGGCCUCGUGCUCCUUCAAAUUAUGUAAUUCUAGGAGAUUGUGUCACAUCAAGGUCUAUUCCUCCUUCACAGGCAAUGAUGGCAGUUUAUAAUACUUACGGACGUGUAAGGAAACCAUUGGGUUUCAAAUUGAUUGGAUUGCUUUCUGAAAUUUUAGAAAUCGAUAAAACUGAACAGAGUGCAGGUGCAAAAAGUGAGUGUUCUCUGUGGUUUCCAAUCGCCCCACCAGGAUACACAGCCUUAGGUUGUGCAGUUAAUGUUGGAGAUCAACCCCCACCAAAUCACGUUGUUCACUGCAUACGAGCUGAUCUUGUAACAUCAACUUCAUAUUCAGAAUGUUUGUUAAACCUGCCAUCCAAUUCGUGUUUCCCAUCUGGUUUUAGCAUUUGGCGUCUAGAUAAUAUUCUUGGCUCCUUUUAUUCUCAUCCUUCUGCUGACUGUCCUUCCAAACAAUUCUGCUAUGACCUGAUCCCUUGUCUUAAAUGGAGGGCUUACCGGCAUCAUUCUUCUUAUUCGAAGCCUGCCUCAAAGCUCUGCCAUGAAGAUGAACCAGCAGUUUCUCAGGGAAGCAAGCAAAAUUCAAGUUCCAGUGGAUGGGACAUCCUUAGAUCUCGAGUUUCACACAAAUGUUUCAUGUCUGUCCCGAAUUUUGAAAGGAUCUGGUGGGACAAAGGUGGAGAAUUUAGACGGACAGUUUCAAUAUGGAGGCCUAUACCUCGGCCUGGUUAUGCCAUUUUGGGUGAUUGCAUAACAGAUGGGUUAGAGCCACCUACACUUGGCAUUAUUUUCUUGGCUGAUAAUCCAGAAAUCUCCGCAAAGCCUGUAAAAUUCACAAAAGUUGCUCAGAUUUUUGGGAAAGGUGUGGAUGAAGCUUUCUUCUGGUAUCCAGUUGCUCCCCCAGGUUAUGCUGCUAUGGGAUGCAUUGUUACUAGAACAGAUGAGCCACCAAGAGUUGAAUCAUUUUGCUGUCCUAGAAUUGAUCUUGUUGGCCCAGCCAGUAUUAUUGAGGUGCCUGUUGCUAGAUCUUCAAGUUUAAAAGCAUCUCAGUGCUGGAGUAUAUGGAAAGUUGAUAAUCAGGCUUCUACAUUCUUGGCACGUUCUGAUUUGAAAAAGCCAUCAAGUCGCUUGGCACUCUCAAUUGGAGAUUCUGUGAAGCCAAAGGUACGAGAAAAUGUGACAUCUGAGAUGAAGCUAGGGUGUUUAUCCGUUACUAUUCUUGAUAGCUUGGGCGGAAUGAUGACACCUUUUUUUGACGCGACCUUCAACAAUAUUAAGCUUGUAGCCCAUGGCCGAUUUGAAGUUAUGAGUUCAGUACUUAUCUGUUCAAUGGCUGCAUCAACUUUUAAUACACAGUUAGAGGCCUGGGAACCAUUUUUGGAGCCAUUUGAAGGAAUUUUCAAGUUUGACACUUAUGAUACCAGUACUCAUCAAACUCCGGGACUUGGGAAGACACUGCGCAUCGCUGCUACCACUAUCUUAAACCUAAAUAUCAGUGCUGCCAACCUUGAUUCUUUUGCAGAGGCCGUUGUUUCUUGGAAAAGGCAGAGAGAAGUUGAGCUUAGAGCAGAGAAGUUGAAUGAGGAAUCAGUUCUUCUUCAUCAGAGAGGUGAAGAUGGUUUAUCUCUUUCUGCAUUAGAUGAAGAUGAUCUUAAGACUAUAGUUGUGGAAAAUAAGCUUGGGUGUGAUAUUUAUAUCAAGAAGCUUGAGCAGAACUCCAAUACAGUUGAAGUUUUACAUGAUAAUAGAUCCACUGCAGUCUGGCUUCCACCUCCUCGGCUUUCUGAUAAAUUAAAUGUCACUGACAAAAAUGGGGAAUCGCGCUAUUACAUUGCUGUCAGAGUAUUAGAAGCAAAGGAUAUACCCAUUGUUGAUGAUGGCAAUAGCCAUAACUUUUUCUGUGCUCUGCGUCUUGUUGUGGACAACCCACCAACUGAUCAACAGAAGUUCUUCCCUCAGAGUGCGCGGACUAAAUGUGUUAGACCGUUCAUAACAAAAGCUCUUGAUGCUGAUCUGGGCACUGCCAAGUGGGAUGAGCUUUUCAUAUUUGAAGUUCCUCAAAAGGGUACUGCUAAACUGGAAGCAGAAGUCACCAACCUUGCUGCUAAAGCCGGGAAAGGCGAAGUUGUUGGAGCAUCAUCCUUUCCUGCUGGACAUGGCUCAAGUACUCUUACUAAGAUAGCGUCAUCAAGGAUGUUGCAUCAGCAAAAUGCUUUUAAAAAUAUCGUGUCACAUCCACUGAGGAGAAGGGAUCAGGAAGAAAAUGAGGGAGGCGUGAUGAAUAUUGGCUCUCUGCUGGUUUCUACAUCUUAUUUUGAGCGAAAAUUAGUUGUAGAUUUACAGAAGGAUACGACUAACAAUAAUGAAGUUGACUCUGAUGUGGGUUUCUGGAUUGCACUUCGCCCUGAUGGCCCUUGGGAGAGCUCUCGGUCUGUUCUUCCAUUAUCAGUUUUUCCAAAAAGUUUGGAGGGAAAUCUUCUUGCUAUGGAAGUUAUCACAAGAAAUGGGAAGAAGCAUGCCAUUUUUAGAGGUCUUGCAACUGUUGUCAAUGAGACCAAUGUUAAGUUAGACUUGUCUCUGUGCCCUUUAUCUAUGAUUGAUUCAAGGACAAGAGAUAUUCGUCUUGGAAUGGAGAAUAUUGUAACACUAGAUCCUGGAUCAAACUAUAUUCUACCUUGGAGAUGCAUAUCUAAGGAUUCUGAAGAUUGUCUCCGUGUUCGUCCUUAUGUUGAUUUGUCUGGCUCAUCUUACUCUUGGGGUCUUACAUCUAGUCUAGGCUUCCCCUUAACAGGCGGAAAAGAGCAACACCCUACAGAACAGGGUCUGCUCUCUAGGCAGAGUACAAUGAAGCUGAAUGAACUUGAGAAAAAGGAUGUCUUAUUAUGUUGCAUACCCAGCACCCAAAAUCAACAGUUUUGGCUUAGUGUUGGUAUAGAUGCAUCAAUUCAUCAUACAGAGUUGAAUGCACCUGUUUAUGAUUGGAAGAUUUCCAUAAAUUCCCCACUAAAGUUGGAGAAUCGACUUCCUUGUCCAGCUGAAUUCUCAAUUUGGCAGAGGAAGAAAGAUGGAAAAGGUAUUGAGCUACAGCAGAGUAAAAUUUAUUCCAGAAAAAGUGCGAAUAUAAAUGCUGCAGAUCUCAGGAAACCCGUAUAUCUUUCCUUGUUUGUUCAGGGUGGUUGGACUAUGGAGAAGGAAUCUGUUGUCAUCUUGGAUCUCUCAUCUGAUGAUAUUGUUUCCUCGUUCUGGAUGGUUCAGCAGCACACUAAAAGGAGGCUGCGUGUAAGCAUUGAGCGUGACUUGGGAGGCACCAGUGCUGCACCCAAAACCAUCAGAUUGUUUAUCCCUUACUGGAUUGUUAAUGAUUCUUCUCUGCCUCUGGCAUAUCGGAUGGUGGAGAUUGAGCCUCUUGAUAAUGGAGACAGUAGCAUUUUUAAAUCUGCAAAAUAUUCAGCCCCCAGGAAGAAUGUUCAGGUCUUGGAUGUGAUCGGGGAUACUAGCUCGGUACCCAGCAUGCUCUCCCCCCAAGAUUAUGUUGGACGUGGAAAUGUUCAUCUCUUCACAUCUCGUAAUGAUACAUAUUUGUCACCUAAAGUCGGGAUUGCUCUAGCUAUUUUUGAUUCUGAGAACUACAGUCCGGGUAUUUCACUUGUCGAGCUUGAGAAAAAGGGGCGGGUCGAUGUUACAGCCUUUUGCUCGGAGGGAUCUUACUAUAAGUUUUCAGCACAGCUGAACAUGACUUCAGAUAGAACAAAGGUUAUUCGUUUCCAGCCACACACAUUGUAUAUAAAUAGAGUUGGUUUUAGUGUGUAUAUUCAGCAGUGUCAUGCUCCAUUUGUGGACCACAUUUGCCCCACAGAUCCUCCAAAAGCCAUUAGAUGGCACUCAUCUUCUAAAGUUGAAAUGUUAAAGCUGCGGGUGGAUGGCUAUAAGUGGAGCAGACCAUUUAGUGUUGGGUCUGAAGGAAUGAUGUCCAUUGUUCUGGAAAGUGACACAGGCAGCAAGGAGUUGAUUUUAAGGGUAGCUGUGAGAAGUGGCACUGGAAAUUCGCGUUAUGAAGUUAUUUUCCGUCCAAAUUCACUGUCUAGUCCAUACAGGAUUGAGAAUCGUUCUAUGUUUUUCCCCAUUCACUUCCGCCAAGUUGAUGGAACUAGUGAUUCGUGGAGGUGCCUUCCUCCAAAUGCAGCCGCUUCAUAUCUAUGGGAAGAUGUUGGAAGGCGGCGUUUGUUAGAGUUAUUUGUAGAUGGAUCUGAUCCACAGAGGGCAGUGAAAUACAAUAUAGAUGAGGUAUUUGAUCACCAGCCCAUGAAUGUUGGAGACGGACCAACUAGAGCUAUACGUGUGGCCAUUGUUAAAGAAGAGAAGAUGAAUGUGGUUAAACUUAGUGAUUGGAUGCCUCAAGAUGAUCCUGCACCAGGUGUGCAGAAAAGAAUUCCAUCAUCUGUAUCACCCCUUCCCAGUGCUGAACCUGAGUAUGAGUAUCCUUCAUCUACCUCGAGUGCCGAAUUCCAUGUAGUUGUUGAGCUUUCAGAGCUUGGUUUGUCUGUUGUUGACCAUACACCAGAAGAAAUUCUUUAUUUGUCAGUUCAGAAUCUUCUUCUGUCACAUUCUACUGGCUUAGGCUCUGGGACUAGUAGAUUUAAAUUGAAAAUGCGUGGACUUCAAGUGGACAAUCAGCUCCCAUUGGCUCCCAUGCCAGUUCUUUUUAGACCGCAGAAGGUCAAAGAGGAGAUUGACUAUAUCUUAAAAUUCUCUGUGACAUCACAAUCAAAUGGGUCACUAGAUUUGUGUGUCUAUCCUUAUAUAGGAUUCCAUGGAUGUGACAACUCUACAUUUUUAAUAAAUGUUCACGAGCCAAUCAUAUGGCGCCUUCAUGAGAUGAUUCAACAGAUUAACCUGAAUAGGAUAAAUGCUGCAAAGACAAAUGCUGUUUCCAUUGAUCCAAUCAUCCAAAUUGGGGUUCUUGACAUCUCGGAAGUACGAUUGAAGGUGUCAAUGAUUAUGUCACCAACUCAACGACCAAAGGGUGUCCUUGGUUUUUGGGCAUCCUUGAUGACAGCACUGGGGAAUAUGGAAAAUAUGCCUGUGAGGAUACACCAGAGGUUUGUGGAAAAUGUUUCUAUGCGACAAAGUGCUAUUAUCAGUAAUGCUACCUCAAAUAUUCAGAAGGAUCUGCUUAGUCAACCUCUUCAGCUGCUUUCUGGCGUUGAUAUACUUGGGAAUGCAAGCAGUGCACUUGAACAUAUGAGUAAAGGUGCUGCGGCAAUAUCAAUGGAUAAGAAAUUUAUCCAGAGCAGACAAAACAAGGAGAAAGUGGGAGACUUCGGUGAUGUUGUCCGAGAGGGAGGUGGAGCACUAGCAAAAAGUGUAUUUAGAGGAGUAACGGGAAUGUUUACAAAGCCUAUUGAGGGUGCAAAAUCAUCUGGUGUUGAGGGAUUCGUUCAAGGUGUUGGAAAAGGAAUAAUAGGUGUUGCUGCGCAACCAGUGAGUGGUGUGCUGGAUCUUAUUGCAAAAACUACUGAGGGUGCCAAUGCAAUGAGAAUGAAAAUACAAGCUGCUUUAACUUCUGAAGUGCAACUUUUACGGAGGAGAUUGCCACGUGUAGUAAGUGGUGAUAACCUGCUUCGACCUUAUGAUGAGUAUAAAGCACAAGGACAGGUUAUACUACAGCUGGCAGAAUCAGGCUCUUUUCUUCGCCAGGUUGAUUUGUUCAAAGUGCGUGGGAAGUUUGCUUUAUCAGAUGCCUAUGAAGACCAUUUUAUGCUUCCUAAAGGAAAAAUCUUUAUAGUCACCCAUCGUAGAGCUGUACUUCUGCAACAGCCCUUGAACAUUAAAUUCAGUGCAGCCAAAGAUCCGUGUUCAAUACUAUGGGAUGUUAUAUGGGAUGACUUGGUAACUAUGGAGUUGACUCAUGGAAAGAAAGACCAACCCAAUGCACCACCUUCACGCGUCAUCCUAUACCUUCAAACCAAGUCAAUAGAGACCAAGGAUCAAUUUCGUAAAGUCAGAUGCAACCGUGAUUCUAACCAAGCUUUUAAGGUUUAUGCUGCAAUUGAGCAAGCAAUGAGCACCUAUGGACCUAAUAAGUCGAAGGGACCCCUCAAAAAGGUUACAAGACCUUAUUCCCCAAAGGCUGAUCACGCAAAUGGAGAUUCAGUGCCCAAGGAAGGGGUUAGUGUGUGGUCUACAGGACAAUUCCCAGCAUCAGUUCCUACAAGGUCAUUAUUUGGAAGUAGCCCUGGCUAGAGCGAAGUUAUUCCAACUGUCAUGGAGCUUGAUUAAUCCAGCCUCCCAAACAUACACCAUCAGUAUGUAAAAUCAUGUUGGAGUUCUCCAAUUCUGGCACGCUUUGUACAUGCACUUUCUAUCCAAAAGGGUAUAGAGGAAAUACAGCUACAGCAGUCUUCAUGUGAUGUUAAGCUUCCUGACUUCCUCAGGGGGGAGAUUUAUUUGACCCCUUCCUGAAACAGCAAGGCGUUUGUACAUAAAAUUAUGAGUUCAUUACUUGUACAGUUGUACAUGAUUUGCUGCAGAUGUUUCUGCUAUAGGUUAUAUUGAGCUCUAGAGCCUUCUUUUUUUUCUUUUUUCCUUUUAUACAUCCAUAGUACAACCAUGUAUGUAAAUUCACUUGAACAGUCAAUGUGAUUAUUCAUACUGGCUUUUUUGCUUAAUGAGCUAAUGAGCCCAUUUAUACCUAACUGAAGUAGUUGAAAAUAAGUAAAUUUUGUUCUGAUCAAGCUUGAGCGCGAAUUUUCUCAUUUGCUGAGUUCAUUGAGA